AUGAUUAGGAAUACAAAUCAGCAAUUUGGGUCUCCUCCUUCUGGAGUUGGGGCCCAUGAUUUGAAACCGAGGAGGCUCUAUCAAGUUUGGAGAGGAGGCAAUAAGUUUCUCUGUGGUGGGAGACUGGUUUUUGGUCCCGAUGUAGCUUCCUUGUUCCUUACAUCAUUCCUAAUUGCUGCACCUGCAAUUACAUUUUGUGUCAAGAUGUAUCUUAAAGCCAAGAAUGAGAACCCCAAUGGUCAUAGUUUUUGGUGUCCCAUAGUGAUUGUGGGUGUAACUCUCACUAUUUUGGAUUUCCUAUUCCUCCUCUUGACUUCUGGGAGAGAUCCUGGAAUUAUCCCUAGAAAUUCAACACCUCCUGAAUGCGACGAAACAUUUAAUAUACCUACUCCUUCCAUGGAGUGGAUUAAUGGCUCAACCCCUCAUUUGAAACUACCUCGAACGAAAGAUGUUAUGGUUAAUGGUUACACGGUGAAAGUUAAGUUUUGUGAUACAUGCUUGCUUUAUCGACCCCCUCGUACUUCUCAUUGUUCUAUAUGCAACAACUGUGUCCAGAGAUUUGAUCAUCAUUGUCCGUGGGUUGGCCAGUGCAUCGGAAGACGAAAUUAUCGGUACUUCUUCAUGUUUAUUACAACAUCAACCAUUUUGUGCCUAUAUGUCUUUGUGUUCUCUUGGGUUAAUCUUUCCAAGACCAGGAAAGAUGUUUGGAGCGCAAUCUCACAUGAUUAUGUAUCGGAUAUUCUCAUUAUAUAUUGCUUCAUUGCUGUCUGGUUUGUUGGGGGCCUCACAGCUUUCCAUUUCUAUCUCAUCUGUACAAACCAGACAACUUAUGAAAACUUCCGGUACCAAUAUGAUAAAAAGGGGAAUCCAUACAAUAAGGGGUCACUGACAAAUAUUGGAGAAACACUAUGUUCCAGUAUUCCCGCUUCAAAAAAUCAUUUCCGAUCAUUUGUACAGCAAGAUGAAAAUAUGACGGUUGGUUCAUUGACUCCGAAUAUUGCGGACGGAAUUUUGACACCAAAGGAGAAAAUUGAUGUUGAAAUGGGAUCAAUGCGUGCAGACAAUGGUGGUUUUCCGAUUCCUGAACUUCUGCGGAAUUUUGAUUUUGAUGAUUAUGAGGAUGACAUGAAGUUUGGAGAUGAUGAGGAGGGACGAGCCUCAUUUGAUCCAUUCUACAGUGUCGACGACAACAUAAAGGACUCAGCCCGAACAUCUGUUGCCACAGUUUUGAAUUUCCACAGCAUCACAGUUGAAGAUGCAUCGGAAGAGUCUGAUCAUAGCUGCCAUGCUGAUUCCGAAGUCAGAGGAUCUUCCAGAAGGCCCGUCACUGUUGAUGAAAUAAAUGCAACUAAAGAAACUGGUGACAGAAAUGACUCAUGUUAA